UCGACCGCCUUCCGGCGGGAGCGAGCUUCACGAUGGUCUUGGACUCGCGCCACAGCAGCGGCCUCAUCGACAAGGAGAAAGAGCAGAUCGGGCCGUCCACGGUCGCUGACCGGGCGGUUUCCCGCCGCCCCCGCGGGCGGGUCAUUCCUUAUGAAUCCGUCCUUGAACACCUAACCGCCCUCUCCGGCAUCCACUCCCUCCUCCUCGGCAACCACCUCUCCCAUCUCUUCGGCCACGAGAUCAGCCCCCUAUUCUCUGAACUCGGUGGGAUCACGACGCACCCUCUACGUCCCGACGAGGGGAUCCUCCUAAGCGGCUGUCAAGCGAACGAAACGUCCGCCGACAUGAGCCCGACAUGAGCCCACAAGACGACGACGACGAUGACGACAGCAACGAUGACGACGACAAGGGUUCAGCAACGCAAUUCGGAUCGUGCUGGAGGACGAGAGCGCGAUGAGCAACCGAGAGCUGGUUACGAGGACGAGAAAGGUUUUAAAGGAGGGAGGGUUCGCGCAGGACCCGUGCCUCUACUGCAGCGACGAGAACGCCGACGUGCCGUUCUUGUGGCAGCCGACGCAGCAGCAGCAGCAGGCGUUGAUGGGCUCUUCUUGGGCUUUUGAGGGGGAGAUUACUGCAGCGACUAAAUCAAAAGCGAGUGUACGUUGGAACGUGGAUUCUUCACGAA